AUGUCUGCUGAAGAAUCUGUGACUGCUCCGCAGUCGAAGUCUUGCGAUGGGGAUCCGAAUUUCGCAUCGAUCUGCAGUUUUCUUGAACAGUUCGGAGAGUUAUGCGAUUUCGAAUGUCCGUCGAUUCCGGAACUCACCGAAAUGCUCGAAAACACGAACAAAGUGUCUCCGAUUUUGAUGGACAUGCACAUUCGGCUUCUUCGUAAAGCGAAGAAGCACGUUCGUCCCGAAGCCUGGGAGAAAGCUGUGGUCAAGUUCGCGCAUUCCUACUCGCACAACGACGCAUGGGACAUUGAACGCUGCGGCUACAAAAAAGCAGCAUUGAGUGCAAAGCUGAACGUUCUCAGGAACCUCCUGGACUUGCAGUUCGACAGCAAUCCGAACAACGAAGACGAGAUUGUUCAGCUCUUGUCGGAUCUACGAGAGUUCAAGAUCCCCGAGAUAAAAGUCGACUCGGGUCAAACCUCCCCGGAAGAUACAAUGGACGUUCCGGAAGUUGUUGCCGCGUCGUCCCCUUUGGUACCGGAAGUGAAAAUCGAAGCGGAAAGUGAAUCGGCGGUGAAAACGGAAGCAGUUGCUGAACCAGAAUCUCCGGAAUCGUCGCCGCAGAAAUCCGGUGAAGUGAAUUACAAAGACAUCGCGUCGCUCAUUGGCUCGACAUCCUCGGGUGUCGAGAACAUCGCGGAAGUGACGAGCAACGUGACGUCGACCGUGUUCUCUGAAGUUUGCCUCUCUUCCGAGAAACAAGGCCAGAUUUCGUCGUGUCCCGUGUCGUGUUCCGAAGACACUCCGGACGUUGCAGUGGAAUCUCGUGAGAAGCCGGAAGUCAGCGUCUCGUCGAGCUCCCAUGAAGCAGAGAAAAAUCAAGUAUCUUCCGAGGUGGACUCUUCCGAAGCAGCAGUGCUCGACGCGGGAAGUGGUCAGAGUUCAGUCAAAGUUUCGUCAAGCAAAUCGCGCAAUUCGUCCUCGCAAAAUGACUCACCUGAACGACAGCCCGUGGCAAUAUCAGAGCCGGAUGUGGGAAACCUCCAAGAAUCUUCUGUGGCUUCAUCAGGAGCAGCUUCGAGUGUUAAAGAGGAUUCAUUAAAAAAUCCUGAAGCUUUGGUGGAAACGUCCGAAAAGGUUUCCGACGUACAAGAAAAUAUCCUGGAGGAUUCUUCCUUCGGUGUAGGCGAGUCUGUUGGAAGCGUCCGUUCUUCAGAUUUGAAUAAGAAAGAGACGCCUGAAAAUUCGGAAGCAUCGGUGGGAACUUCGGAAAGCAGACAUGUCUCUGUGGGAAAGCCUCCCGACUCCCCCACGGAAAUUGUAAAUGAAUCUUCACCCAGUGUGAACGAACCUGUUGAAAACGUGCUCUCGUCAGAUGUCAACAAGGAUGAAGCGGAUGCAAAGUCUGAAGCUCUGGUGGACACUUCUGAGAGCAUUGGUGGCCUAAAUGUCGACCAGAUCCAUGACUCACAAAAAGAAGUUCCUGGUGAAUCUUCAUCUGUGAACGAUGAAUCUGUUCGUUCUUCUGAAAUCAUCACGGACGAGGCACUCGAGAAUUCUGAUGCAAUGGUUGGCACUUCGGAAAGCCUCGGUGAAUCUUCUGCACAAGCCUGUGACUCUCCAAAGGAUUCUCCUCCGCGCCUGAGCAAACCAGUUGAAAAUGCUCCUCUUUCAUCAGAAAUCGUCACGGAAGAUGCACAAGAAAAUAUUGCUAUUGUGGACACUUCUGAGAACAUCGGUGAAACGUCUGCGAAGCCCUCGAACUCGCAAGUGAAUAUUCCUGAUGAUUCCAGUUUGAGUGUUGGAGAACCCGUCGAAAAUGCUCGCCCUUCAGAAAUGAAUGAAGUUGAAACACUUGAAAAUCCUGAGGCUUUGGUGGACACGUCAGAGAACAUUGGCGAAUCAUCUGGGAAUGGGGCUGAUUUAUCAAACGAAAUCCCGAAUGAGUCUUCUUCUAAUGUAGAGGAAAGUGUCUGUUCGUCGCAAAUCAACAGGGAUGAAGCAUCUGAAAAUCGUGACGCUUUUGUCGACACGUCAGAAAACGUCAGUGAAACUUCCGAAAGGGCGUCGGAAUCGCUCGAAGAAAUCCCAGAUAAAUCUUCCAAUGUAGAGGAACCGGUUGAAGAUGUCCGCUCUUCAGUAGCCGAUAAAGAAGAUGCGCCUGAGAAUUCCGAAACUUCGGUGGGCUCUUCGAAAAGCAUGGGUGAAUCUUCUGAAACGACGUGCGACUCCCAAAAAGAAGGAAAAGAAGAGCCAGUUGAAGAUGCCCGCCCUUCAGAAAGCAACAAAGAAGCAGCUCCUGAAAAUCCUGACGCUCUAGUGGACACUUCAGGAAACGUUGGUGUAUCUUCAAAAGAGGCGUCCGACUCAUUGAAAGAAAUCCCGGACGAAACGUCUUCCUAUGUGGAAGAACCAGUUGCAAAUGUGAGGCCUUCAGAAAGCAAGAAAAGUCCGGCGCCUGCGAAUCCUGAUGCUUUGGUGGACACUUCAGAAAAUGCCGGUGACUCGUUAAAAGAAGUCCAGGAUGAAACUUCUUCCAAUGUAGGAGAAUCAGUUGAUGACGUCCGCUCUUCAGAAAGUGAUGAAGCAGACGUGGUGCCUGAAAAUGCCGAAGCGUUGGUAGGCACGUCUGGGAGCAUUGAAGAAUCUUCUGACGCGCAAAAGGAAAUGACGGAUAAUUGUUCAUCAAGCGUGAAUAAAUCAGGGGACGAUUUCCGCUCUUCCCAAAUCAACGCGGAGCCACAUGGAAAUUCUGAAGCUAUGGUGGAUACUUCGGAAAACGUUGGCGAAUCUUGUGAAACCGCAUCUGCCUCAGUCGAGAGAAUCCCGGAUGAAACAUCUUCCAGUGCUAAUGAACCAGUGGAGGAGAAUGUCUGCUCAUCACGUAUUGACAACAAAGUUGCAGAUGAAUCGCGGGAAAUUGUUCAGUCGUCUCACGCUGAUGAAAAUUCGGAAGUGGGGAAGGACGCCGAAGCAUCUCGGGAAAUCGUACAGUCGUCUCACACCAACGAAACUGAUGAAGACGCCGCAGAGAAGAAAGAUGCAGAAGAACCCUCACCGUCCGAAUGUCAGCAGUCGUUGGAAUCAGCAGCACAAUCCGAAGAUGAAGAAAGAAUCCCUUCCCCGGGUGCGUCCCGAUCGGAAAACUCGAAUAAUGCAGAUGCCAAAGUCGAGUCUUCGGAGGUUGAAGACUCUUCGUCGUGUCGGAAUGGUAGCCCGAGUGGAAGCAAAGUCGAGUCUUCAGAAGCUGUGGAAAGUGCUUCUGGGGAACCCGAAGUGAAUGUCGAGUCAUCCGAAGCCGACGAGUGUUCAUUGCCCGAAAAUGCAGCGUCUCCCGAGUCUCAAAAGCCCGAAGAGGUUACAGAACAACAAAAGCCUGCUGAACAAAAAGAAGAAAAGUCGUCGUCGUCGUCAUCAUCAUCUGCUGUCGACUCUUCGAGUAUUCAAAAGGAAGACGACGAAAUGCCGGAUAUUGUCGAGUCGACGGAAGCCCGCGAAGCCGAGCAAACCUCAGGACAAGAACGCGGCUCCGAUUCCGAAGUGGACGUGGAAUCAUCUGAUACUCAGCAGGGCUCGGAAACAGCUGCUCAAGGCCCAGCCAACGUGGCCGACUCCUCAGAAAUCUCUCAAACAUCGAAAUCUCGAGGCCCUGAGGACAAGGUUGAUUCCUCUGACGUCGAGCCUGCGGCAAAUGCGGAAUCUUGUCAGCCCAAGAGUGGCAUUGAAGCUGGCGCGGAUUCCUCGGAAGUCGCCGAGUCCGGGAAUAAUGCCGCGGAUUCGUCGGAAGUGCAGGAGGAAAGGGAGGAUUCUGAGAAUCAGCCUUCUGGGGCUGGUGCAGAUUCCUCUGACUGUGCUGAAGAACAACACCACCACCAUCAUCACGACUCUUCACCAGCACCCCAAGUGCAACAGUGUGUUGAAUCUACGGGGGCCGAAAAGUCCUCGUCUUCAGAAGGCCAGAAUGUCAAUGCUGACUCGUCUGAGGCGUCCAAGUCAUCUGAGGCCAGUCGGAAAGACGUGGACACUUCGGAGGCCUCGCAGGAGAAGCUGCAAAGCAGUGAAGUAUCUGAGUCUGCAGAACCAGUGCCCCCUGCGAAGAAUCCCGGUGAAUCGGAAGCUGUGGAAUCAACAACUGCGAAUGGUGAUAAUAAUAACACGACGUCGACGACGAAGAAGAUAAAUUCAUCCCUGUCUCGCAACGGAGAUGAAGGCGUUUCCUCUUCGAAAACGGACGCCGCGGGAAUAAAGUCGGAUGAACAGAACAAUGCUGUUGGCAGCUCUGAAGCAGUCGCUGCUGCUCACGUGUCUUGUGAUAAUUCUGCGUCUUCUUCGGGUCCGAGUGAAGAGUGGGAAACGAUGGAGUUCCGCGUGACUGGAGACGGUUCAGGAGUGGAUAAUGACGUUGGGAAUCCCGACGAAGAGACUGAGAAUGCGGCAACCGAAGACCUAGUGUCUUUGAAGUCGAAAGAGUGUGACGUUGGUGAAGAGAGCAUCGGAGUGGAGGUGAAGAACGGGGAUGACGAGGUUGUCGAAAGCAUUGGAGUUGAUGAAGGCGCCGGGAUCGGUGUGAAUGGUGUCAGAGUUUACAGAGGCCGAGGAAGAGGGCGUGGACGUCGUCGCGGUCGCGGACGAGGAGUGUUCCGGGGCGGUCGUGGCGGCGCAUCGGCGACGACGACGGCGAAACCAACCACCCCGGCGAGAGGGGCGACACCUCGUGGUCGAGGCGGACGACGCAGGUCUGUCUUGGGUUUACUCAGGGACUCUUUGACGCCGUCGAUUGACGAAAAGUCGGCAUCGACGCCGGUGGGAGAGGAUAAUCAGGCGACAUCAUCAUCAUCGACGACGAGGACCAGUCGACGGUUGCAAGUGAUUUACCAGCGUCAGGAGCAGGAACGGCGGGAGCAGGAGGCACAGCGGUUGCUCGAGAUGAAAACGGCGGCGCAAAUGAAGAAACUCAAGCAGGAGGAACGCGAGCAGAAGCGGGCACUGAACCAGUCGGGCCCUUACUCUGCGGCGUCAUCGUCGUCGUCGACGGCUGGCGGUUCGUCGUCGUCGUCGGAUGAUGACGUUGAAGACGGCGGCGGUGCGACGAAGCGGAGACGGUCGAAAGCCUUGCGGGUCGAAGCAGCAGACAGCAUUAGUAAGGCGAAGGAGGAGGCGAAGAAGAAGAAGAGGAAGAAGAAGCGGAGGCGGCGGAAGGGCAAGAAAGGCGGCGCUGUGCCCUGGGACUCGCAGUCGUCGACGACGUCGGCCUCGUCGUCAGUUGCAGAUGAAGAAGAUGAUGACGAGCGGCUCGUGUUCAAGUCGGACCACGAGUUCUCCUGCGAGAGUGACGGCGAGGAAGAAGGGGAAUCCAUCCUGAGUGCCAGGAAAAUCGCGAGAACGGUGAAGCAAGAAGAGGAGGCGCUGUGCAAAAAGUGUAGUCGCGGGGAUCAUCCCGAGUGGAUCCUUCUGUGCGAUGACUGCGACGACGGCUACCACGCUGCGUGUCUCCGUCCUGCUUUGAUGCUUAUCCCGGAGGGCAACUGGUUCUGUCCGCAAUGUGAACACAAGAAAUUGGUGGCGAACCUCGAGCAUAGUCUGGAGCAGCUCAGAAUCAGGCAAAAGGAUUACAUCGUGCAACUGGAAACCAAAAGGAAAGAAGAGGAAGAAGCGCUGUUGGCUCGGGCAGACGCAGUUAACGAGGAUAUGGUGGAAGGUGACGACGAAGCCGUUUAUGCCUACCGGGAAAAGAAGAAGAAAAGCAGAUUGUGGCGGGAAAGAGAAGAUUCCGACUUUUCCGAGGAUGACGGCUUAGAUCGUAGAAGACGGCGAAGGAUGAGCGAAGAUGAUGAUGAAGAGGAGGAUGACGACGACGACGUGGAGGAUGAAGAUGCGCCUGUUUAUGCGUUCAGGGCGAGAGCGUCUGCUGCCAAAGUGUCUUAUCUUUACGACGAUUUCGACGAAACCAUCAACUCCGCCAUCCAAGACGAUUUGGAUGCGAAACGAGCCGCUCCGAAAAGUGCGGGCGGGAAGAACAUGGACAAUAUUUUGAAGGCGCAGCAGGACGAAGACGAGGAAGAUUUGGUCAAGAAGCAGAACAAGGAGGCCAAGCUGCGGAAGGAGACGGACGAGGAAGAGGAAGACGAGGACGAAACCGCGGACGAGCCAGAACGCAAAGGCCGCCGCGGAAGCAGAGUGAAGGGAGACGGGGAAGACGGCGGCGAGGAUGAAGACGAGGAGGAAAUGCUGGGCGUCGAAGGUGACGACGAGGCCAGAGCCGCCGUGGUGAGGAGGAGGAAGAAGCGGAAGCUGACGAGUCUGGACGAGAGCGAUUCUCCCGACGACGAGGACGAGGAUGACGAAGAUUUCCACGGCUCCUCUGACAAUGAAGAAGAAUACGCCGAGGAAGACGACGAAGAGGAGGAAGAAGAUGAUUCAGAUGCGGAAUACGGCGGCGGCCGGAACCGAUCUGCUGGUCGACGUCGAUCGGGGCGAUCCGCCACUUCCUCUGCCCGCAAGCGUCAGUACAACGAAGACGGGGAUGACGAUGACGACGACGACUAUGAGGACGAUUUCUCCAGGCGCGGCUCGGCGGCUAAGCGACGCAAGCCGGCGCAGAAACGACCCGUCCCUGCCAAGAGUCGGAGACGGGCCCACGUUUGGUCGGACGAAGACGAAGAGAGCGACGCGUCGUGGGGCCGGAAGAAGUCGAGAAAAUCGACGACUCCGGUAGUUAAGAAGAAGAAAAAUAUUCCCGUCAAGAAAACGGGCUCGAAAAAAGCGGCCAUGAGGAAAGAAUUGCAGCAAUUGGAUGACGGCGAAGGAUCCCGUGGAAGACGAACUCGGGGCAGGAAGAUCAACUACAGGGUGUUGCUUGGCUCUGACGAAAGCGAUCCUGAGGAGCGUAAAGGGAAUCAGAUGCCCGACAGCGACGAAGAAAUCUUCCAGCCAGAGAAGGAAGACGAUGAGGAUGAAGACGAGGAAGAAGAAGGGGGAGGAGAAGCCGAGGGUCAAGGUGAGGAAGAGGACGAAGAUGAAGAGGAGGAGGAGGAAGAAGAAGAAGCUGCAUCUUCCCGCUUGGCCAAGAUGCGCAAAAGUGCGCCGAAGCUGCCGGCCAACAAGCACGAGGAGAUUCGACAACGACUCGCUGCUCAGUUCUCGAAAGGGAGUUCCUCCACCUCCUCCACGCCGUUGAAAGGAGGGACGCCGUCCACGGGUGCGGCGACGGCAGUGGCGUCGUCUUCUUUGCCGAGUGCCAUCCGCAGCCGGGGCCCAGACGUGGCGGGUUCUGCUGAUGGUCAUCAGUCGCCUCAGCACCCGCAGCAGGGCCAUCAUCACCAGCAGCAGGCGCCGCCGCCGCCGCCUGGAAUUCCCAGAACUGCACACGAAGGCAGUCCCGCACCGCCUCAACAGAUGGCGCCCGGGGUCAGGCCCGUUUUGGCUCAGCACUUGGUGAGUGACAUCUGGUUUUACGUGAUGUACCCUUUCGGAGGGGGUCAAUUCAUUGUGCACAGCCCCAUGCCCCAUGCCAUGGGGCCAGGCAGUGGGCCAGUGGCCGCCCCGCCGGGUUACCCUCCACAGCAGCAGCAGCAGCAACAACAGCCACCUCCACCGCCGGCAUUGCAACAGCGGAGAGACAGUGGUGACUGGGGUGUUGCGAGUGUGGCUGGAAUGCCCAGGGUUGGGUAUUCGAGCCCAACCCACCAGCAGCAGCAGAUGCCCCCUAGUGGACCCAGACCGAUGUAUCCUGCGAGUGGACUGCAUCCAAGGCCCCCUGGGAUGCCUCCUCAGCCACCUCCCGGGCACCAUGCGGGGGGCUAUCCCGUCAGGCCAAUGAUGAGACCCUCUGGGCCUGGAAAUGCGAUGAUGGUGCCGCCGCCGGACAUGCAUCCUCAGCAGCAGCAACACGCACAAGCUGGCCCGCCGCCACCCGCCCAAUUGAGGAUGCACCACCCGGGUUUGCCGCCCCAUGUCCGGUCACCUGUCUACGACAAUUACCCGCGUGCCUACGCCGACCCUCGGCCGGGUUACGCCGAAACCCUUGAAUCUGGCCCACCGGCUGCAGUUGCUGCAUCCCCCGCCGCUGGCGUCUCUGGGCCGCCGCCUCCUCCUCCUCCGCCGCCGCCUGCAGGUGGGCCACCCGAGUAUGCAGAGUUGAGUUCGGUUUCCGUUUCUGGGCGGGGAGGAGAAGCGGCGACGGUUCAACAACAUCAACAUCAUCAUCACCCGGAGAGUCAAGGGGAAAGCACGGGCGAGUUCGGAGGAUUGCCAGAUGCCAUAAGGAGUGUGGCAGCUGUGUGGAGGCAAAGUGUAGAGGAAGUGAAGGUGGCCAAUGACCCGAGCCAGGCUGUCACCACUGCCAUGAGGAACAAUGCUUCUGGCAAUAAGGCUGCCAAGGAGCUUCUCCCAUGUCUCUUGAAAUGA